AUGCUUUGGGCGCAAUCCCGAGAGUGGGCAAAACCCACAUUUGUCCACCUUUCAAGUUGCUUAUUCCCACAUAAAACCACCCCACCAGAUGCUGCAGAGUGUCCACACUUCACUGAGACUUACUCUGCUAAACAUGCCAAUAGCGUACCGUUUUCCGUUAUUCCCUUUCAUCCUACAGCCGAAGCAACUGAUUCAAUUGGCACAGUUAAAGUGGAGGCAACAGAAUUGGGAGAGGGGGAAUCAUUGGUUGAGCCGUUCCCUCCAUCUGUACACUCAGGCCUCCACUCUAAUCCAUUCUCUCUUCACUUCAUCUCCAUUCACAUGUGCUCACUUACCUCUCCACCUGCACACAGACACAGGGUUGUCCGGUACCCAUUAUUGCCGCUUAUUGAAACAGCCAUCGCACCGGAAACCCAACCGAAAGGAGUAACACUGACUAGUCCACACUCUCUCAACUCACCUUCACGUACACGCAUCCCCGACAUACACACACAGGCGCAAUCAUGUGCGUAUGUACGUCUGUCGGCUAACGGUCUCCGCCGCGUGUUUCAUAGCCCCGAGUCCCGGUUGACCCGACGGUCUGAGAAGAAUAGCGGUGACUUGGGCCAUGGGUAG